UGCGAAUUUACUUAUAGCGUGUCAUGUAGAAGAUAGUGAUCUAACAUUAAAUUAGAAGGGCCACCUGCAUUUUUAGUGAUACUUUAAAAAUCAACCCUACCAAAUGAAAAUUAGUUAUGAGAAAAAUCAGCCGGGCGCAAGUUUGCCUAAUUAGAACAAAUUAAAUUUAAUUAUUAUAAUUUAAUUAACACCUGUCUUUGACAUAGAAGUUGUAUCGUAGGAUAAUACAGUGUCUAUAACCAGCUCCGCGCAAUACUCACAUAAAAGUGUCACAAUGUUUGAGGAUGCUGAGAAUUUUGCGGAUAUUUUCCGCGGUGGACUGCCCUAUCUACUGAUUGCAUUACCAGUUUUACUCAUUUGCUCAGCCAAUCCUGUAUUGGCAUCCAGUGAAUUCUCCGUGCAACGGAUGUCACAGUUCGAUGUGAAUGGUGUGGCUUAUGGAUGUCGUGCAUCUGCAUUAUCGCUAGAGGCGAAAUCUCUCUAUACUUGGAGUACUGGCAGGCACUGUGUAGUUGCAAAAUUACAAGAUUUAACUAUCGACCAGUUCCGUGAAAUUCGGCAAAAAGCUGGAGGUUUGGUUAUACUGCUACCGCAGCAUGUCAGUGAUAUGACAUUUGAGGAAAAGAGGUACCUCAAUUUGCUUGAACAAGCUAUGCUGGCACAACCAAAUUCAAUUCCCAUAUAUUUCUCACCGUAUAAUUCCGAGCUUGAGCGCAUCAUAACGGAUAUCACAAGAACCACCAGCAAAAAUAUUGAGGGCAAAGCUCAACGCACAUCAGCAGCUACAGAGCUGCUGUCAUCGAUAUCGGCCAAUGGCUAUCAGGUUAUUGUCUCUGGUGCCAGUCAUUUAGCUAGCAAAAAUAGUAGAAUACCAAUUAUACAAGGUGAAUUGGCGGCCACUACGAAAAUUUUGAAGCAAAUGGAAAGUGGCGGCGAGUCCAACAACAAAUUGCCAUUAAUAGUCAUAACCUCACAUCUCAACACAUUCGGAUUGUACAAUGAAUAUCCUUUAAACGCCGAUGCCGCUGUAUUACUAACACUCGCGGAUGUAUUUAGCAAAUUGCACAGCACACCUAACGCAGUGCCCAAAUAUCGCUUAUUAUUCUUACUCACAGAAUCCGGAACACUGUUGAAUUUUCAAGGAGUCAAAAAAUGGCUCGAUGAGAAUGUGCAACUGCAGAACGUUGAUUUUGUGCUCUGUUUGGACACGAUUACCCAAUCGUUGAACGCUGAAACUGGCAACCUUUACAUGCACGUCUCGAAACCACCCAAAGAGGGCACCGCAAUGAAUGAUUUCUUCAAGUUACUUAAAAACGUAGCGGCACAAUAUGGCAAUGUUACAGUCGAUGGUGUACACAAGAAAAUCAAUUUGGCUGAUCAGCAACUCGCCUGGGAGCAUGAACGUUUCAGCAUGCGCCGUUUGCCAGCUUUCACGAUAUCUGCAUUGAAAUCACCGAAAGAGCCAGCACGCGCCACUAUAUUCAAAGACGAAGAAGAGCAAAUUAUUGCGCAAACGCAACAGCAUGCUAAAAUUUUAGCUGAAACGCUAGCACAUUACGUGUAUGGUUUACAAGAGCCAUAUGAAAUCUUUGCUGGGCCAAUGAGUAUCAAUAAGAAGCUCAUUAAAGCCUAUCUGCAAGUCAAAUCUGCGCUACAUAAUAACGACCUGAAGAACGCUUUCGAAAAGUACCUAAAGAAUGUGAAGAUCAUGUAUGAUAAACCCGACACACGUGAUCCGGACUUUAUGUUCUACGAUGGUCAAGAGGCGCGCCUAAAUGUAUAUCAUGUGAAACCUGCCAUUUUCGAUCUCUUCCUUACCAUACUCAUAUGCGCAUACCUCGCCUCAGUGUACUUUGUCAUACAAUUCUUUCCAGCGUUAUACGACACCGUUUGCAAAAUGACCAAAGCGCAAGCACUGACGCAAGCCAAUUCCAAUAAUACAAAAUCUAAAGUUAAUUAGAAAAGAAAAGUGCAAAAAGAAUAAAAAUAAAACAAAAAAUAGUAAUAUUAUUGAAGACGAAAACUUUAAUGUACAGAUGUACAAAUGUAAAGAGACAUUUUCUUGAACAUUUACUGACUAUAUUAGAACAAUUAAAAUUUGCAACCAAAUAGUGAGUUAUAUACAUAAUCUGUGUAAAAGGCGAAAUUUUGUAUGAUACACAACAUGGUGAAUUUUAUAAAAGAGAGACUCGCAAUUCAAAUAAGAUAAGUAAUAAAAUCAGUAAUUCAUUUAUUAGUUAUAUAUGUACAUAAUUUGUGCAAGAAAGGUGAAAGGUUGUUAGUAAAAAUAAAUAAAUUAAAAAUUAAAAAAAAAGUAAAUAAAUUAAAAAUUAAGAAAAAAAAUAAGUAAAAUAAAAAUAAACUUAAUAAAAAAUAUUUAAAAAAUAAUGAAAAAUAAAUAAAAUUAAAUUAAAAAAAUGAAAAUAAAAAUAUAUUAAAACUGUUAAGCGGUAUUGUAAACGUCAUUAAUUUCACGACCACCUACAAGUAUGUUCCGUUAUCCAUGUUGUACGAACAAUAAUUAACUCGACAUAAGAGAUUGUGCCAUUACUGCUGCUUAACUAUGCAAUUUCCACCUACAUACACUGCUAAAUAAUAAAAGAAAUUUAAAGCGCUAUCAUUGUGAGUAAACAAAUAUUCCUAGGAAAGCAUUAGGCACACAUUUCCACACAGUCCACAUAUGCAUUUACACACUCACCCGCACAGACAGCGGGCGCAGCAGCAGUAACUGUAAGCAAUACUUAUAAAUAAUACAUUAAAUCAUGAAAUUAUGCAAUUAUAACAAUAAUUAAAGCAUAAUGUAGUAGUCAAAUGUUUUUUCCAUAUUAUUUUAGUAUAUAAUUAAAAUAUAAUGGAUAUAUUGUUUUGAUUAGCAUCAAAUUGUAAGUUCCAAGUAGUAUGGCAAACGUUUAAAAUGUUCAUGAUUUCCCAAGUAUUACUUUAAACAAAAAGUAAAACAAAAAAUAUAAAGACAAAUAAAUAAAACUUAAAAUAAAAAAGCGA